CUGUUCAAAAGAUUUACUUCAAUCAGAUGACUUUCAGAGAAAUCAUAAGUGUGUUGCUUUUGCAAAUCAUAAUAGUUCUAUCUUUGAAAAAUGUGAGAGUACUUGCAUCGUGUCCGUUUCAUCCAGUUCUAGUUCCAAUUCCACCUGUUGGGAGUUCUGGAAGUUCUACCAGCAACAAUGUGGAUGCUCCUACUCCAAUAGAUUUCUGCAAUCUCGGGCCAAAAACAUGCGUCGAUUCGAAAUAUCGCUCCCUAGAUGGAUCUUGCAAUAAUUUGGCUAAUCCAUUGUACGGUCUAGCCAACUACAAAUUUGGACGCCUGCUACCACCGAAGUACAGCGAUGGAAUUCGUCAGCCAACAGGCUCCCUCGCCGGUGGACCAUUACCGAAUGCCAGACUCAUAUCAUUGACGCUAUUUGGAGAACAAGAUGCUCCAGAUUUAGAUUUUACACUCAUGAAUAUGCAAUGGGGUCAAAUUAUUGUUGGAGACCUAAGUCGGGUUGCGAAUGGAACUUAUUCAAAACGUUACGUUUCUUGUUGUACAACAGAGGGUCGUUUCCUUGAAAGAAAUCCGGAAAUAUGUUUCAACCUUGAUAUCCCACCGGAAGAUCUACUCAACAUACGAGCCGGAAACGAGUGCAUGGAUUUUGUCCGAACUCUGACAGAUGAGGAAACUGAUUGUAACUACAAUGGCGGACCAGUCGAGCAAUUGAAUGCAGUUACCAGCUACUUGGAUAUGUCAACACUGUACGGAAAUAGAAAUGAAGUUAAUCGCCGUCUUCGCGCUUUUCGAGGAGGUCGAAUGAUUGUCGAUGAGCGAAAUGGUCAUACAUGGCUUCCAAAGAAUCCAAACACUACUGAAGUUUGUGAUGUGGAGAAUGAAAGUGACAUUUGCUAUGCCACUGGUGACAUUCGAGUGAAUUCAAUCCCGGGCAUAACAAUUUUGGCAACAAUGAAUUUACGUGAACACAAUCGGCUGGCUGGUGAAUUGGCCAAAUUAAAUCCGCAUUGGAGUGAUGAGGUGUUGUACCAGGAAGCUAGGAAAAUUCUAACAGCGCAAUUUCAACACAUAGCUUACUAUGAGUAUUUGCCUCUUCUGCUGGGCCGAGAAAAUAUGUUGAGGAAUAAGCUGAUAUAUGAUGUCCCAGCUGACUGUCAUGUCAAUGAUUAUGAUCCCAGUGUUGAUGCAACUGUUGUCAAUGAGUUUGCAACUGGAGCUUUCAGACAUUUUCAUUCACAAUGCGAAGGCAGACUUGAUUUAGUUUCGGAGCUGAGAUCUGUUUUUGGUUCAUUGCGACUCAGUGACUGGUACCAUCGUCCAGAAGUAAUAGAAAUUGGUGAUAAUUUUGAUUCGUUAUCUAGAGGCCUGGGAUCGCAACCGCAGCAACUCACUGACAUUAAUAUCGAUGAAGAGGUAAAGCAUUUUCUGUUUAGAAAAAAACUGCCAUUAGGUCUAUUGGGUUCAGACUUGCGUGCAAUAGAUACUCAUCGUGGUCGUGAUCAUGGUUUAGCUUCCUAUAAUGAUGUAAGAGAGUUUUGUGGCCUAAAGAGAGCCAAGUAUUGGGAGGACUUUGCAGACCAUAUAAAUAUUCAUAGUGUUGAAGGACUAAGAACUUUGUAUAGAGGUCCUGAAGACGUUGAUUUUAAUGUGGGUGGUUCCCUAGAGACGCCAGUGCCUGGGACAUUAGCUGGACCAACAUUUCUAUGCAUUUUGACUGAACAAUUCUAUCGAACUCGUAUUGGUGAUCGAUAUUUCUAUGAGAAUGAUAAUCCCAAGACUGGAUUUACAAGAGAUCAACUUCAGGAGAUUCGGAAGUCAUCUGCUUCUAGAAUAGUUUGUGACAAUGGAAAUCAAAUUCAAACAAUGCAACCUAGAGCUUUCAUAACCGUUUCAGAAGCAAAUCCGAUCGUACCAUGUGCAGACCUUCCAUCACUCGACUUAUCAAAAUGGAUCGAUAGAGCUCCGCCACCACCUCAAACCUAAAAAAUAAAUUUUAUUUAUUCGGGGAUCUUCCAAAAGAGUUUAUUUUGCAUAUUUUUAACCUUGAGACAUAAACAAGAACAAGUCUUCAAUUAUAUGAGUUCAUUAACAUGGUGUAUUUUAUUUUUGAUUAAUUAAAAUGAUUAAUCGUCAAAUC